GAUGCGUAAAAUCAAAUGGAAAUAAAAAAGUAAUGAGUUUGAUUUCUAUUAAAAAAGUUAGAAGACAUGAAACAAGGUUUUGUUAUCCGAAUUCAGCAUCCUGAUAAUAGGACUGAAAAGCAAUUUAAAUACUUUGAUGAGAAAUAGAAGAGUGAUCUUAUAAUGAAUGUUAUGAAUGGAAUAUGUUUUAGUGAGAAAGUCUCUGACAAAUGUGAUGGUAAUUUUAUCUCAGUUUAUGAUACUGCUGAUGAUCGGUUUCACUAUUACAUUUAAAAAUUAGAUGGAAUAGAAAUUGAUAACCCGAAUGAACCUUUGAAGGGAAGGAUUUGGGUACCAUAUAUCAAUGAGAAGAAAUCAGAUUGGGAUAUGUUAGUAGAGAAUAACACAAGAAUAUCGAUAAGUGAUCACUUGUUAUGGAGGUUAGAAGCUGUGAAAAAGUGA